AUGUCUACCUUUGGCUACAGAAGAGGACUUAGUAAAUAUGAAUCCAUAGACGAGGAUGAACUCCUGGCUUCCCUGACAGCUGAGGAGCUGAAGGAGCUGGAGAGGGAGCUGGACGACAUUGAACCUGAUCGCAACCUUCCUGUGGGGCUAAGGCAGAAGAGUCUGACGGAGAAAACUCCCACAGGGACGUUCAGCAGAGAGGCUCUGAUGGCCUAUUGGGAAAAGGAGUCUCAGAAACUCUUGGAGAAGGAAAGGCUGGGGGAGUGUGGAAAGGUUGCAGAAGAAGACAAAGAGGAGAGUGAGGAGGAGCUUAUCUUCACUGAGAGCAACAGUGAAGUUUCUGAAGAGGUGUACACGGAAGAGGAAGAGGAGCAGGAGGAGUCCCAGGAGGAAGAAGACAGUGAGGAAGAGGACAGUGAGGAAGAAGAAGAGGCCAUCGAAACUGCAAAAGGUAUCAAUGGAACUGUCAAUUGUGAUGGUGUCUGUGCUGACAAUGCUAAGCCAAAGAUAUUUAAAAGUCAAAUAGAAAACAUCAACCUGACCAAUGGCAACAGUGGAAGGAGGGCAGAGUCACCAGCUGCCACACACCCGAGUGGACGGAGGACAGAGUCGCCGGCUGCCACACACCCGAGUGGACGGAGGACAGAGUCGCCGGCUGCCAUACACCCUAGUGGGAAUCCUACAGUCAUCGAAGAUGCUUUGGAAAAGAUUAAAAACAACGACCCCGACACCGUCGAAGUGAACUUGAACAAUAUAGAGAACAUCACAACGGAAACCCUCACCCGCUUUGCUGACGCCCUCAAGGACAACACGGUGGUGAAAACAUUCAGUCUGGCCAACACGCACGCGGACGACAGCGCAGCAAUAGCCAUUGCGGAAAUGCUCAAAGUCAAUGAGCACAUCACCAACGUUAACGUCGAGUCCAACUUCAUCACGGGAAAGGGCAUCCUGGCUAUCAUGAGAGCUCUGCAGCACAACACGGUGCUCACGGAGCUGCGCUUCCACAAUCAGAGGCACAUCAUGGGCAGCCAGGUGGAGAUGGAGAUCGUCAAGCUGCUGAAAGAGAACACGACGCUGCUGCGGCUGGGGUACCACUUCGAGCUCCCAGGACCAAGAAUGAGCAUGACGAGCAUUCUGACAAGAAACAUGGAUAAGCAGAGGCAAAAGCGGAUGCAAGAGCAGAAGCAGCAAGAAGGGUCUGAUGGAGGAGCCAAUCUUAGGACCAAAGUCUGGCAAAGAGGAACGCCUGGCUCCUCCCCGUAUGCCUCUCCCAGACACUCGCCCUGGUCAUCCCCAAAACUCCCCAAGAAAGUCCAGACAGGGAGGGGCCGGCCUCCAUCUCCUGUGGCCACACCCCCUCCUCCUCCUCCACCCCCUCCCCCACAGAGGCUGCCACCUCCUCCUCCACCCCCUCCCCCUCCUCCUCCUCCUGAGAAAAAGCUCAUCACUAGAAACAUUGCAGAGGUCAUCAAACAGCAAGAGAGUGCCCAAAGGGCAUUACAAAAUGGACAGAAAAAGAAAAAAGGGAAGAAGGUCAAGAAACAGCCAAACAAUAUCCUAAAGGAAAUAAAGAAUUCUCUGAGGUCCGUGCAAGAGAAGAAAAUGGAAGACAGUUCCCGACCUUCUACCCCACAGAGAUCAGCUCAUGAGAAUCUCAUGGAAGCAAUUAGAGGAAGCAGCAUAAGACAGCUAAGGCGGGUGGAAGUUCCAGAAGCUCUACGAUAAACACAGGAUCUGUGGAAGAGGAUGCAGAACUGUUUUUGGUGGCAUCAAAUAAAACGCAUUGUGAGAUGUUUCUAAGAUAGCUUCUUCAAUUUGAAGUGUUCCUCGACUUUACAAAGAAUUUUAAGAAACAAUCAGCAUGUUUCUUCUGUAAAUAUGAAAAUAAACUUUUUUUAUUUUACAAGAUUUGUAUUGGCAAGAAGCAGUUAAAGAUGCUCUUCAUAUCUCUGAAUGUGUUGGGAACUCUGAGCUGUAACAAGGUAAUGAAAUGUGCUGUUAUUUUUAUAAUCCCAAUAAAUUUAGAUUGAGGGUUUUUUCCUUUUUUUUAAAGCUAAACUAAUAUUUUCCUGUGCAUUUAUACAUCUGUCAGGAAUGUAUGCAACCUUGCAGAUUAUUAAAAAUAUUACAUUCUCACCCAGAAAGAAUUUGGGUCCUUAGCAUUUGCCUUUCUUUGUGUCUUCAUGUACAAAAAA